UCUUCAUUGUCUACCUCCUUACCCUCUUGGGCAACGCUUCCAUCAUCUGUGCUGUGUGCUGUGAUCAGAGACUCCACACCCCCAUGUACCUCCUGCUGGCCAACUUCUCCUUCCUGGAGAUCUGGUCACAGGCAGAUGAAAGCCCUCAGCAGCCCCAGCAACUCCAGCACCAUCACUGGCUUCAUCCUCCUGGGCUUCCCCUGCCCCAGGGAGGAGCAAAUCCUCCUCUUUGUGCUCUUCUUCAUUGUCUACCUCCUUACUCUCAUGGGUAACGCUUCUAUCAUCUGUGCAGUGUGCUGUGAUCAGAGACUCCACACCCCCAUGUACCUCCUGCUGGCCAACUUCUCCUUCCUGGAGAUAUGGUAUGUUACCUCCACAGUCCCCAACAUGUUGGCCAACUUUCUUUCUGACAGCAAGGUCAUUUCCUUCUCUGGAUGCUUCCUGCAGUUCUAUUUCUUCUUCUCCUUGGGUUCUGUAGAAUGCUUUUUCCUGGCAGUCAUGGCAUUUGAUCGCUACCUUGCCAUCUGCAGGCCUCUACAUUAUCCUGCCCUCAUGACCGGGCGCCUCUGCAACAUCCUUGUGAUCAGUUGCUGGGUGCUUGGUUUCCUCUGGUUCCCUGUUCCCAUCACCAUCAUCUCCCAGAUGUCCUUCUGUGGGUCCAGAAUUAUAGACCACUUCCUGUGUGACCCAGGACCCCUGUUGGCCCUUGCCUGUUCCAGAGUCCCAUUGAUGGAGGUUUUCUGGGCAAUUAUAAGUUCUAUGCUCUUGUUUAUUCCUUUUAUCUGCAUCAUGGGAUCUUAUAUAUUGGUCUUGAGAGCUGUGUUUAGAGUUCCUUCAAGAGAUGGACAAAAAAAGGCCUUCUCCACUUGCGGGUCUCAUCUGACUGUAGUUUCACUCUUUUAUGGUUCAGUGAUGAUAAUGUAUCUGAGCCCAACAUCUGAACAUGCAGCUGGAAUGCAGAAGCUUGUGACUCUAUUUUAUUCUGUGGUUACUCCACUCAUUAAUCCCGUGAUAUACAGUCUGAGGAACAGAGAUAUGAAACAUGCCCUGCAGAAGAUUUUAAGAACGUAAAAAUGUUGGAAUUUUAAGCAAACAAAAGACAGAAGACAGACAGAUAGAUAUGGCCCAAGGAAUGACAUUAUAAGGAUGUGUGGCCUUGUUGAAGUAGGUGUGACACUGUGGGUGUGGGCCUGCCUGGAAGUCAGUCUUCUAUCUCUACAUUGCCAUGUUCCCAACUUGAUAAUAAUGGACUAAACCACUGAACCUAUAAGUCAGCCCCAAUUAAAUGUUUUCCUUGUAGAUCACGGUGUCUGUUUGCAGCAGUUAAACCAUAUCUAAGACAAUAUAUAAUAGAAUAUUAAUAUUAUUCAACAACAAGAACAAGUAAAUUGUAUCAUUUACACCAACAUGGAGAUCAUUGUAUUAAGUAAAAUAUGUCAGAUAUGGAAAGUCAAAUACUGCAUGUUCUCAAUUAUGUGUAGAAAUUUUUUAAAAAACUAAUAGGAUAAUGGUUGUCAAAGACUAAGAAGUUUAUGGAGAAGCAAUAUGGCUAGUGUUUGUGGGGUUCUGUUGGAUAGUUAUUCAACAUAUGCCUUUGAUUGUGUAAUAAGAUGAUUAUGUCUGACAAUCAUUAAUUCUGUUUCAAACAAAAGGACUGAGAUUUUGAGUGUACUGAACAUAAAAAAGUGAUAAACAUUUCAAAUGAUUUUUAUAGCAAUUACCUUGGGAUUAUAUGUACUGUAUUCACAUACUAAAUAUCUCCCUUAUAUCACAAAUAUAUAUAUAUAUAAUUAUUGAAUCAAUUAAAACUGUAGAACUACACAUCUUAGAAUAUGUCUAUAAACUCAGAACUUGAAAGGUGGGACUGGAUGACCAAAAUUUCAAGGGAGUUUGGAUAUACAGUAAGAUCAUGUUUCAUGAAACAAAAUAAAAGAACAUGGUGGUCCAUGCCUGUGAUACUUAUAUUUCCUGUUGCUAUAGUAAACCUCAUGACCAAAAAAUUUAGUAAUGAGAAGAAAUACUUUGUAUAGAGAUUAUGUAUAUAAUUCAUCAUUCCAUGGAACCAAGACAAGAUAUUAAAACAGGAAACUGGAAGCAGACACUGAAGACCAUGGAGGAGCAUACUUUACCGGCUUGCUUUUCAUGGAUUUCUUAACUUGUUGUCUUCUACAACUCACCUGCCCAGGAAUAGCACCACCUACAGUUGGAUGAACCCUUCCAAAUCAAGCAUUAAUUACUAAUGAAGAAAAUGCUGCACAGAUAUGCUCAUAGGCCAAUCCAACAGAGGCUAAUUCUGGGUGACUAUAAUUUAUGUCAUUUAGAUGAAACAUAACCAAUAUAUAUGAUCACUUUACAACCUGAUCUAUAAACCCAUAGCUAUUAGAUAACCUUUCUUUGUUUAUUCCUAAGCCCUCAUGUUAAUUUAAUAAUGUAAAAUACAGUCUAACUUUUUAAAACUCCCAUAUUAUAUUAAACUUUUCAACUCUUUAAAAAUUGAGUGCAUCUGUAAAAUAUCCAAACACUCAUCAGGGUGAAACCCUGGAAAAUCUACAAUAAAUUACCUGCUACUUUUUUAAAUUUUCCUUUUUAGAACUUUGGAGAUGAAGACUAUAUUUAUAUUAUUUCCAUCCUAUCCUCUCCCUCUUUGCAACUACUCUGAUGCCUCCCAUGCCCUCAUAAGUCUGAAACCUCUUAUUUCUUAACUAUUAUUGUUACACAUACAUACACACACAUGCAUAUAUAAUUAUAUAUAUGUUGAAAAAUGUGUUUAUCUGUGUGUGUAUGUGUGGAUAGGUAUUUAAAAAGCAGCUGAGAAUUAUAAUGCUACAGAUUGGGGGGGAAAAUCUUCACUAACCCACAUCUGAUAAAGGGCUAACAUCCAAAAUAUAUAAAGAACUUAAGAAGUUAACCAUCAAAAAACCAAACAAACCAAUAAAAAAAAUAGGGCAUAGAAUUCACAACAGAGGAAUCUUGAAUGGCUAAGAGGCACCUAAAGAAAUGUUCAAUGUCCUUAGCAAUUAGAGAAAUGCAAAUCAAAAUGACCCUGAGAUACCAUACCACCUUAUACCAGUCACAAUGACUAAGAUCAAAAUCUCAGGUGACAAUACAUGUGGGCAGGGAUAUGGAGAAUGAGAAACACUCUUCCAUUGCUGGUAGGAUUGCAAAUUGGUACAGCCACUCUGGAAAUCAAUUUGGGUGUUCCCAGAAAUAUCACUCUUGGGGAUAUAGCCAAAAGAUACUCCACCAUCCCAUGAGGGCAUGUGUUCUGCUAUGUUCAUAGUAGCCUUAUUUGUGAUAGCCAGAAGCUGGAAACAAUCCAGAUGUCACACAACAGAAGAAUGGAUACAGAAAAUGUGGUUCAUUUACACAAUGGAAUACUACUCAGCUAUUAAGAAUGAGGAUAUCCUGAGUUUUGCAGGUAAAUGGAUGAAACUAGAAAAUAUUAUCCUGAGUGGCGUAACUCAGACCAAAAAAGAUAUGCAUGGUAUGUUCUCAUUAAUAAGUGUAUAUUAGCCAAAAAAAAGAGUACAGAAUACCCAAGAUACAGUCCACAGAAGGUCAACAAAGAUACAGUCACAAAGGUCAACAAGCUGAAGGGUCCAAA